UGCAAUGAGCUUUGUUUUGAAUAGAAAGCUACUUCUCAGCUGAUGUGAAAACAGGAUGGCAGAGGAGGCAGACUCCGGUGUUUCUUUACGGGCUGAGAGAAAGGCGCUAGAAAAGGCCAAAAUACUGCAACGGGAAAGCGAGAGGAAGAUCUUCAGACUGGUUGGACGAGUCCUGAAGAAACCGGAGGCUGAGCGGUCGGAGGAGGAGGCCGCUGUGUUACUGCUGCACAGAGACACCGUGGAGGAGCUCUGCAGGAGACAGGUCCGCAGAAACGUGCUCAAGAGGAAGCAGGAGGAGGUGUUCGAUGAUGCUGAUGAGCUGAGAAGUAAAGUCAGACAGCUGGCUGUGGCAGUCAAACAAGCAAAUCACCUGGUGGUUUACACUGGAGCCGGGAUCAGUACGGCAGCUUCUAUCCCAGACUACAGGGGGCCUAAUGGGGUGUGGACACAGCUACAGAAGGGACGGACAGUCAGUUCAUCUGACCUGAGCAAAGCAGAGCCGACCCUCACACAUAUGUGCCUCAGGAUGCUACAUAAAGAAAAUAUGGUAAAGCAUGUUGUGUCUCAAAACUGUGAUGGACUUCAUCUGCGUAGCGGUCUUCCCAGAAAUGCCCUGUCUGAGCUCCAUGGAAACAUGUUUAUUGAGGUGUGCACAUCCUGUUCCCCGGUCAGGGAGUAUGUGCGUUUAUUUGAUGUGACAGAGCGGACAUCGCUGCACCGGCACGGGACGGGACGCAGGUGCAACCACUGUAGCGGCGAACUCAGGGACACCAUAGUGCACUUUGGGGAACGUGGGACCCUGGAGCAACCUCUCAACUGGAAGGGAGCUGCAGAGGCUGCCAAGAUGGCAGAUGUUAUCCUUUGCUUGGGCUCCAGUCUGAAGGUGCUGAAGAAAUACGCUUGUCUGUGGUGCAUGAACAGACCAGCAAGCAAAAGGCCCAAACUCUACAUUGUCAACCUCCAGUGGACACCGAAAGAUGAUCUGGCUACGCUGAAAAUUAACGGAAAGUGUGAUGAUGUCAUGAGCCUCCUCAUUGAAGAGCUGAACUUUCAGAUUCCUGUGUAUGACAGGGAAGAGGACCCCAUCUUCAGUCUAGCCACACCUCUGCGGCCAGAGGAGGUGGACAGCCAUACCCGUGAGCUCAUAGCUCCCUCUGAUGGGCAGCAGGACUGCUCAGCCAACCCUCGGGGACAAGCAGAAGAAGCCACAGCUGUGCAGGGCGGCUGGUUCGGACGAGGCUAUGGUAAAGGAAGGAAGAAGAAGAAAAAAGCUGCAUAACCGAGGGAUAUUGAUAGACUGCAAUAUGUUAUGGCCGAGUAUUUUGCAGCCCCCACAGAUCAAUCCCACUGAGGGAUUCAAAUUUCAGUCCUGCGAUGACAACAAGUCGGACUCGAAUUUUCAGGGUGCUGUCGUUGUUUGUGCUGUUACGUGUUUUUGGCUGCAUUGAUAUCAUUUAGUCACAUGCACUGGGUGCGUGUGGAUAUUUGCCAUUUGAAAAUGGCACUUUGCACCAUGAACUUAUUUUUUACAACCUAAAGUUUAAAGUGUCAGCAUUAUGCUACUUGUGUUUCUAAUGCUACUAUCUUUAUGGCAGCUAAGUUAGCUGGGUUAGUCUGAGCUAUAUUUUAGCCCAGCAUGGCUAGCAUAGCCAGCAUAGUGUGUAAGAAAGACUGAACAA